AUGAGUACUCCCUUCUCCGAGGAUAUCAUGAACGCCCCGAAAGAGCCCAAGGUAAAAACUCCUACCAUUGAAGCCUAUGAUGGUACCACCGAUGCCGAUAUGCACUUUGUUGCAUACCGUCAUCAUAUGUAUGUUCAAGGAACCAAUGAAGCCACUUGGUGCAAAUAUUUCCCGGCCACUCUCAAAGGAGUAGCGUCUAAGUGGUUUGAGCGAUUGCCCCCAAGGUCAAUUUCCUCUUUCAACGAACUGCAAACUCUGUUCUCCACUAGGUUCAUGGCACACAAGGAAGAAAGGAAAACAAGUAUGCACUUGGGACGAAUUCAACAGGGGAAAGAUGAAUCACUAAGAAGCUAUGUGAAACGUUUCAACCUAGAGGCCGGACAGAUCCCAGAUUUGCCUGACGGCGUCUCCUUGGAUAAUUUUAUCAGGGGAUUGAAGAAGGGAUCCUUUAAGUUUGACCUAGUCAAGAAAAGUGUGCGGACUAAGGCCGAAGUUUUGGACGAGGCCGAAACAUUUAUCCAUGCAACAGAAAUAUGCAGCGCGUCAAAAGAUGGAAGCACCGGAGAAACAACAAAUUCCUCAGGGAAGAAAGACAAAAUAGACCGAAAAGCCCCACGAGUAAAUGGCACUUGGGCUCUCUCAAAAGAACAUGAUACCAAUUCCCCUGGGCACAAGAGAGAACGUCCACAAGAAAGGGAAUAUUUCGAGUAUAAUACAGAUCUCCUCACGAUGCUGAAAGACGUCGGAACUAGGUUUGACCUUGAACGACCUUUCCCCAUGAAGUCUCCUGCUGAGAGUCGAGACCCUAAGUUGUAUUUCCAGUUCCAUGAAGACAUAGGGAAUGAAACCAAGAACUGUAGAAGCUUGAAGAGGUACAAAAAGAACAAGUCACCUGUCUCACCUGCAGAGGGACAACACAGCGAAGGGGGGUUUGUAGCCGUCAUAUCUGGGGGACCAUCCGCUGGAGGACCCACCAUGAGGGGGCAGAAAGAUUAUGCUCGCCGCCUGGGGCAGGUAAUGCUGUCAGGAAAGUCACCUCUGGACCCAUUCCCACAGAUCGAGAUAUGUGAGUCGGAUGGUGGACGAAUAGCCACUCCGCAUGAUGAUCCUCUUGUGGUCGAGUUCAAAAUAUCCAAUACGAGGGUGAAGCGCAUCCUAAUAGACACGGGGAGCUCGUCUGACAUAAUGAGCGUGGAAUGCCUCAAUCGUCUAGAACAUGACCCCAAAACCAUGGAUAGCAUACACUAUCCCAUCAUUGGUUUUGGAGGAAGCAUUAUACAUCCUGUAGGCGUCAUCACUUUGCCGGUUCGAAUUGGGGAUAGAAAAAAUGGACGGAAGAUGGAAUUUGUAUGCGAUGACGGGGCGAUAGGAACCAUACAUGGAGACCAACAGCAAGCAAGAGACUGUUACCUCACCACCCUCAACCCGUCAGCAUGGAAGAAAGAUUCGGCCGAAGCCAGAAGCAAAAGAAAGCAUGAAGACAAACUGCCAGCCGCCAAUGAGAGUAAACCAACCAAAACAGAACCAGUCAAGAUAGAGAAAAGUGGCUGA